AUGGAGGAAGGGGAAGAGGAAGAAAAUCCUCAAGUGAAGAAGCUGAAGGAUCUACUGUCCAGUAUCCAGACUCCUGAGGUGGAGCAGGUCACUGCUAGGUCAGCAAUGGUCAGGUGGUCAAUGCCAGAACCUUAUCAUUCAGGACAAGGGGAUGAAGACCUCUAUGAAGACCAUGGGAUUGAUCCAUCAGCCAUCAGCUAUGAACUCAAAGUCCUGGACAAAGCCAAGAACAGUAGUCCUGGAACCAUUUACAGGUCUGUUCUCUUUUCUGCUUGUUUUUACAGUAACAGUCUUCAUCAUACACUGACAGAUCUCAAGCCUGCUACUGAAUACCAACUAAGUGUGAGUGCAAUAUUGGACGGUAUACAUGGUUCCCCAUCACGGCCGGUUAUCUUGGAGACCCUUGGCUGUCCACCUGACGUGCCCUCGAUGCCAAGGCUCACAAGUAGGACCAAGAACUUCUUAGUCCUGUCCUGGAAGGCAUCCAACUCUAAUGGGUCCAAAAUCCACAGUUAUCUGCUGCAAUGUGAUAAGGGUAACGGUUCGAGUGGCUAUGUAGCAAUAUAUGAAGGCCCAGACAAGCAGUACAAAAUCACCAAGCUUCAGCCAUCCUCUCUAUACAGGUUUAGAUUACAAGCCAUCAAUAGCCAUGGAUCAAGUGGGUUCAGCGAGGAAGCAAAGUUCUAUACAUCGGGUAGCGUACCCCCAGUACCCAGUCCACCAACCCUUAUAGAAGCUCUUGCCAGGAGUUUGAAGCUUCAAUGGCAGAGGGGUCCUGGUGACAUCCAUGGGUACUGUCUAGAAAUGGAUGAUGAAUCAAAGCGCUAUGGCUUCCAGGUGGUGUACAGAGGAGAGGAAACAAGUCACUCUUGUAAAAAUCUUGCCAGAAAUUCAGAUUACAAGUUUAGGUUAUGUGCCUUCAAUGAAGAGGGAAAUAGUCGGUGGAGUAGCAUAGUGGCCUUUCGGACGAUGCCUGACGCACCGCGAGCGCCUUCCAAACCAAGCCUCAAGGGUAAACUGCAUUCCACCAGUUUCAAGAUCAUGUGGGAUCCACCCCGGGAUUGUGGAGGCUCUGAAAUAACAUCAUAUCAACUAGAAAAAGCUGAAGUUAGAAAUGGUCCCUUUUCACCAGCAUAUAGGGGUAUGGAACGGGAGCACCAGUUUGAUAAUCUAAAGCCAGGAUGUACUUACUACCUUCGAGUCUCAUGUACGAGUAAAGGAGGAACGAGUCCAUGUUCGGAAGUGUUUAGUAUAACAACGCUACCCAUAGUACCAGGCCAAAGUCAUUCACCUAGAGUUCAUGGAAAACCUAAAGCUACUUCAGUCAAUUUGAGAUGGGGCAUGCCUGACUACAACGGGGGUGCUCCAAUCACGGAGUUUUCAGUCGAAAUGACAGCAGCUGAUAAUAAUGUUACUAGCGAAGUCCAUCGGGCGACAGCAGACAUCACAGAGUGUACCGUCAAUAGCUUGCUACCGGGAAGGACAUAUGACUUCAGGUUGAGGUCUUGUAACAAAAUAGGGUAUGGGCCCUAUUCAGAACCUCUUCGAGUCAGUACAGGGGCGGGGCCUCCCGAUGCUCCUACUGAGCUGACUGCAUCCUGUGUCACCACCUCUAUUGUCCUCCUCAGCUGGCAGAAACCUUGUUUCAACGGAGCUGACAUCACAGAAUACAGAGUGGAGAAGGCAUCAGAGAAUGGCACUUUCUCAUUAGCAUAUAGCGGUUCAGCUACCACUUGUGAAAUCCGAGGUCUUCAACCAGCCACCUACUACUACCUAAGGGUCCAGGCUCUCAACGCAGCCGGCCAUGGACCGUUCAGCUCCGUAGUCACAUGUCAAACCCUACCCUCCUCCCCCGAGGCUGUACCCUCGUUACGAGUAGUCUCAUCCACCUCAGACUCGUUACUCAUCCAAUGGACGGAGCCCAGCGACUGCGGCUCAGAGAUCAUUGCAUACAACCUAGACAUUGGAGAAGGCCAGCCUAUCUUUGUGGAGGGCAACGUUACCCAGUACUGUGUAGACCAGUUGGAACCUGAUACCAAAUAUAGGAUACGAGUCCAAGCCCUUAACAGCAUUGGUGAGGGUCCUUACAGCGCUGUCUUGAAGGCCAUCACAAGAGCUCUACCGCCAAUCCCACCAAGGUUAGAAUGUAUCUACUACAGCCAUCAAUCACUCAAACUAAAAUGGGGCGAUCAAAACAGGACGGUUGGAGAUUCCAAGUCACUCAACUUCACUUUGGAAAUGGAAGACAAGAGAGGAAGGUUUGUGGUAGUCUACUCUGGUGUCAACGUCACUCAAAAGGUUACAAGGUUAAGUGAAAGCACAACCUACAAGUUCAGGAUACUUGCCAGCAAUGAGGCAGGAACGGGACCCUACUCAGAAGAUUUUGUCUUUGCCACAACGAAGGCUCCACCUGUAACGCUGAAAGCACCCGUCUUGGAAGUUGAUCAAGAUUCUUGCCAGAUCUCUUGGGCCGAAGCAGUUCUCCAUCAGCAGGAUGAUCUCAUGCAUUAUCAAUGUCAGUACCAGAGAACAAGGGAAGGGGAAGCAAGGGUGAUCUACCGUGGUCCCGAGAAGAGCUUCAAGCUAGAACACCUUGAGCUGAACAUUGAGCACCGAGUACGAGUGUGUGCCAUCAGGGUACCAGGUGAUGGAUCAUCAGAGCUAGUAGGGAUCUACAGUCCUUGGGCUUCAUUCACCAUCACACCACCGGCGGCAAAGGAGGAGGCGCUCAUGGCAGACGGGGAUGGGGAUGGAUUGACGGACCUGGAUUCCAAGCCGAUGGGGGACAGUCAGCUGGCGAUGAUCAUCGUGGCGUGCUUCUGCGUUAUAGCCAUCCUAAUUGCCGUCUUUCUUCAAUGGUAUCUAGGUUCGUAACAGGAGUGGCAGGUGAAGUGAUGGACCAAGAUGGCGCCCUCUAUGGCUUAAUGGAGGGCAGGGAAGUUCCCCCUCCCCCUCCUUUUAUUCUUCAAGGCAUUGUCGCUGACUAGGACCUGUAGGACUUCAUCAUCUGGCCAACUUCACAGUUACCUCUUAGCCUCUACGCAUCCCGUGGUAUUCGGUCUAUUCCUUCUUCGGCAUUCUACAACGUGGGGAGAUAUGUCGGCUGGCAGUUAGUAUUAGCCCUGUGAUGAGCACCAUUAGACUAUGCCCAGAGCAGAGCCUGAUUUCGCUUGAUAUAGAUUUCAAAUUUAUUUGCUUUCAUGAUACAAAUAAGUCUUGUUCUUUUUUACGAUAACUAUAAGUUAGAUGAUGGAGUGGAGUAUUCGCUCCAUGCAUGACACUUAAUGGGCUAAAGACUGAUGGGUCGUGAAGCAGUGACUGACAUCAUCCGGUCAAAGCAUGCCUUUCUCAAGGUGAAAGUAAGAUACCAAAUUGCAAAAUAUUUAGGGGUUAUUGAUGAAGAAUUAUAUUCCACUGAUCACUGCCUAUACAGUGUGAACUAACAGACCUUGUCCACUUUCAUUAUUGAGAUUUGAAAUCCUCACUUUACUUCCACAUAAGUAGCUUUUUAAGUAGAACAUAUUACCUCUGAUAAUCUAUGUUUUAGCUGUCUCUUGUAAUUAAUUGUUGUGUACCUGUGCACAUUGUACACAUACUACACAUACAUUAAUUGUAAUUUACAUUGUUUUGAGUGAAGAAUUCUGUCACUGUGAUAUGGCAAUGUUUAUAUAACCUUGCCAUGAUGCUUUUAAUGAGGGGUUUCUGGAAGGUUUACUCUAAAACAAAAUGCCACCUACACAGAUGUCGGUGUAUUGUAGGUAUUUUUGGUAUUAAGGCAAAAAGACAAUCAUCUUGUAGAAGUCUCUACACACCCAAAGACAUCAUUCAAACUUGUUAUCAUUCAUAUGCUGCCUCAGCCUAUAGACUCUAUCAUAUCGCUGAAUGUUGCCAAGAGCUAGGAAGUGAAGUUGUAACAUGGCUGUUUUAUCUUUAGACCUUUGUUCUUCAGAUAGAGCAAUUCAAGCUAAUUUUCAGAUUGGCUUGAAGAUCAUAUCAAGAACAUAUCGAAAAGAGCCUUUCUUCCACCAAAGUUAUCCUGUUUGAUUUGAGGGUUUGAUAUUAAAAGCAAUGUAGAUUAUCUGUGCAGUGGCAAGAUAAGUUCAGAAACGCUUUUUCUUCUUUCACAGAUUGUACCGUUAAUAUCUAUAGAAAGAAAGAGAAAAUAUAAAUCGAGCUGGCAUUUGUUUUAAACAAUCUCAGUAUUAGGGAUGAAGUAUUUAUUUAAAGAUUUAUUUUAGCAGAUUCAAAAUGUCUGUUGUUUCGUAGGAAUUGUUUCACUGUUGUUUCUAAAGUAUAUAUUUUUUGUGAUUCCUUGCUCCAAAUGAAACUGGAAUAGUUAUUCUAAGGAUCCAUGCCCAGGAUUUUAAGAUAUGAAGUGUAUUUGGGGAUAGAUUGUGAGUCGGCUAUGAAAACUGAUGGGAAUGUCAAGUGAUUUGUUUGUAGAGGCUGAAGUAAAAUGUAAACUUAUGAGCGUGUAUUCUAAACUAUGCAUACCCAAUUGCAGUGCAAAGCUCUAUCAGUUUAUGGUCAAUUCAUCAACUCAAUUUAUAACUGUCUGGAAUGAUAACUGAAGUAUUUUUUUUUUCAUCAAGGGUAAACGAAAAUAGUAAACAUAAGAAAUAUUCCAUGUCAACAAAUUUUUUUAUUUUUUGGCUUCCCAUAAUUUUAGCAUCCCAUUAUUUACAGCAUGGUUACAGCAUGGUCUUUGGGCCAUGGCAUUCAGUGAGAGAUAAAAUUAUAGUAACUAAAAAAGAAAACUUUAAUUGAGAAAAAAUAAACUGAAUGGUGAUAUUUAUUAGAUAAAUGGACUAGGACAAAUAAAACAAGUGGGUUCCAGUUUACUGAUUCAGAUGAAGUAUGACACAUUUGGAUUAAAAUGAUGUCAAUUAUCCUGUGAAAUAUUGAUAUGAAUGUUUUCAUAAUACAUGAAUUUUCUCUCUUUCUCACUAGAAUCUGAUCUUGUUUUAGCAAAAUGAAUAACCUCUUGGCAAUGUCAAAUGAUAAAAAUGAAUACUAAGCAGGAAUGCUAUAACCAAAGUGCACAUACAAUGAAAUUCUAAGAGUAGAUUUUAUUUUAGUAUAGAAUGUUUGCAUAGAAUAACUCAACUACAUGAAGCUCUAUUUGUCAAAUAGUUAGAUAUUAUAUUACAGUAUUUCAACUCAUUCAAUAAAUAGAUUUAUUGGGUAAAUAUAUAUAUUUAUAAACUUUUGUACUGUAAGUAAUUUUUUUGUUCUCCAAUGCUGACGGGGAUUUCCAUUGAGAAACCAAACAAUUAGCAAUUGGAAUUUUAAUGUCUGAAUUU